UGUCAAAAUCAGCUGUCAGAUUUUAUCGGUCGGCGUUGCGAAGCGAAUUUUUCGUUACCUAUUUCAUACAUUUUUAAACUAGAAUUUGAUACCUACUUUUGUAACUUUCUAAUUUCCUAAAAAGGUUGAAAUGGCGUCUGAAGUUCUUAUUCCCUUAGAAUCGAACCCCGAUGUUAUGAAUAAAUUCCUUCAGAAACUCGGGGUUCCUGCCAAGUGGAACAUAACGGAUAUAAUGGGACUGGAUCCCGAAUUGCUCGUGUUCGUUCCCCGCCCAGUUCUCUCAGUGACACUGCUAUUUCCCGUGUCUGAAGCUUACGAGGAGCAUAAAAAGAAGGAGGAAGCCGAUAUUUUAUCUAAAGGUCAAACCGUAUCCAAUAAUCUUUUCUAUAUGAAACAAAACGUGAGAAACGCUUGUGGGACCAUAGCCCUCGUACACGGGGUCGCCAAUAACACCGAUAGAAUUCAACUAAGCGAUGGUAUUCUUAAAGAUUUUCUUAACGAAGCCAAGCCCUUGGAUCCAGCUGCACGAGGGAAGCUGUUUGAGAAUUGUGCUGGAAUAGUCAACACUCACAAGGAGCUGGCUCUGGAGGGUCAGACCAACACGCCGAGUGCCGAAGAUCCUGUUAACCACCAUUUCAUUACUUUUGUACAUCGCGAUGGAGCCUUGUAUGAGCUGGAUGGGAACAAAGCUUUUCCUAUCAAUCACGGCCCGACCACAGAGGACUCGCUCUUGGAGGAUGCUGCCAAAGUGUGCAAGGAGUUCAUGGCGCGUGACCCCACCGAGGUCCGCUUCACAGUUGUGGCUUUAACUGCUGCUGAUUAAAAAUAUAAUCAGAUGUUGCAAAUGAUGCAAAGAAUGAGCUUUAUUUAGCUUUCACUGAAAGUGCUUUUGGUUUUAAAGUUGUGAUGAUUACUGAUUAUUUAUUGCUUUAAAUUAAGCUUGGAGAUAAAAUCUUAAGUCAUAAAGCAGAGGAGAAUAUUUUUUGUGCAUUAUAGAAUUAAAAUUUAAUUUAACUUUU